AUGGCAGCUGACAAAACAUUUGCUCUCUGUGACAUGAAGCUUUCUGGAUACUAUAAUGGAAGCGUCACCACAACCAUCUCUGGGUCAGUUUGCUUAAACUGGUCAGACUUCCCUGAUUACAUUCAGCAGUAUCCAAAUCGGGGACUAGGAAACCACAACUACUGCAGGAAUCCAGAUGGGGGACCAACCCCUUGGUGCUUCUAUCAACUCAUUUCGGGAGCAACUGGCUGGGCAAACUGUGAUUGUAGCCAGGAUUCAGUGCGACUUACGGAAAGUGGCAGGGUGGAAGUAUACUACAAAGGACUGUGGGGGUUGAUCUGCGAUGACGAGUGGACUGACUUGGAUGCCAGUGUAGUAUGCCAACAACUGGGGCUCAGUGAAACUGGCACAGCCCUAAGACAGCAUCCUUCCAGUCCGGAGCUGUUACCCUUACAUCUUCAGUCUGCAAACUGUCGCGGGGAUGAGAAGAUGCUGUCCCAGUGCAGUUACCAGGAAAUAUUCAGAGCUUGUAUCCAGGGAACUGCAGGAGCCAGUUGUGGAUCAUCUCAAGCUAUAGGAUCUCCACUGCGUCUGGUAGGAGGCAAAACAAGUUUUGAGGGUCGAGUAGAAAUUUAUCAUGGUGGCCAUUGGGGCACCAUCUGUGAUGAUCAGUGGGAUGACAAGGAUGCUGAAGUGGUUUGCAGACACUUGGAUCUCAGUGGAUCCUCAAGAGCUGUGUCUUGGGCUCACUUUGGGAAGGGCUCAGGCCCAAUCCUGCUGGAUGAAGUUGAAUGCUCAGGCAAUGAGCUUUCACUGGACCAGUGCAAGAAGAGUGAUUGGGGGAAACACAACUGUGACCAUAUUGAAGAUGCUGGGGUUAUUUGUGACCCCUUUGUAGAAGGAACAAUCCGAUUGGCAGGAAGCCUCCAUCCAAGUGAAGGAAGGGUAGAGAUCUACCACAAUGGAAGAUGGGGAUGUAUUUGUGAUGAUGGCUGGAAGACAGGAAUCAAUGCUCAGGUUGCUUGCAGACAGCUGGGCUUCAGGUAAGUGAGAACAGUCUAUCGUCAAUUAGGCUGGUGGAAGAGUAACAUAAAACCUCCCCAUGAAAAUCCAAGCCAGUAUUUGGCCUUUGCUGUAUCUUCUUUGGUUUUCUCUUUCAGGGGAAGUUGGCCAUGGCAGGUCUCCUUGCGUCUGAAGGGGAUUCACAAAGAUGCUCGUUUGCUGUGCGGUGCAACACUUAUCAGCAGUUGUUGGGUGAUGACAGCAGCACAUUGCUUCAAAAGAUUUGGGGUAGACGUUCGUCGUUACCUUCUGCGGGUGGGAGACCAUCAUACCGGUGUGAGAGAUGAUUCGGAGAGAGAGUUGCCAGUGGAGAAGAUCCUCCUUCAUAGAAAUUAUCAGUCGAGCAGUAAUGAUAAUGACAUUGCUCUGGUCAGGAUGUGGGGCAAAGAGGACAACUGUCUUUCCUUCAGCCACCAUGUCUUCCCAGUCUGCCUCCCUGUUGGGAAGCAGAAAGCUGCAGUGGACCGAAAGUCUUGUGUCAUAUCAGGCUGGGGAGAUACAGGAAGAUCAUACUCAAGGAUGUUACUCCAGGGAACCGUGGCUCUUCUCCCAAGAAAAGUAUGCAAAUCUCGUUAUGGAAAGAAAUUUACUAAUCGGAUGCUCUGUGCUGGAAAUCUUUCUGAAGACAAUCGGGUAGACAGCUGUCAAGGGGACAGUGGAGGACCAUUGGUGUGUCAAAGACCAAACACACAAUGGGUAAUUCUAGGGGUUACUUCCUGGGGAUAUGGGUGUGGGCAAAAAGAUUCUCCUGGUGUUUAUACAAAGGUCAGCAAAUUUGUGCCUUGGAUCAAGAAAGUGACCAAAAUAAUAUGAGAACAGUCAACCCAAAGAUGGAUUCAUGGUGCUUUAUGAAGUGGGACUUAAAAUGCAAGGAGCUAUAUCUUUAAUUAUGCCAGUACUGGAGAGCUUUUCCAAUAUUAGCCAUACAUUUUUUAAGACAUACGGACAAAAAUGCCAUAGAAAUGCCUGUAAACUCUGCUUUGAUUCCAUUUUUGAAUAUAUAAUACUGCUAGAAGUAAGUUUUCUUAAAAUCUGUACAAAGCUUACAAGACAGAUUUGUUUUCAUAUCACCUAUGACUCCAUUAUGUUGUUUGCUCCUACUUUUCAGUCUAAUCUUAGGACGGGUCCAUCCUAAGCUUUUUGCUAAGUCCCUGAGUGCUCCUGCCUCUCUGGUCUGGUUGUUCCCUAGGCAGCAUAUCUCUUGCCUUCGUUCCCCAGAGCCAUUCGCGCAUUCCAUUACAGGCUGUGAAAGCGCCAGACAAUCUAUUUCAGCCCCAGCACGACCCACCUUCAAGGAGGGCUGCUGUGCAGGGCAGCCCAAAGAGGGAGAUAGGAGUUGAAGCAAUACUGUGGUCAUAAGUACAAACAGGCUGCCAAGCAACCAGAUUUUGAUUAUGUAACUGCAACAGUCAUAACUUCAAGGACUGGAGUAAGGGACAUUCAGUAACUUCAAAUAGACGAUGAACGAACGAUAAUUAAGCUAGCACUACCUGCACCUGUCUCUCUCACAAUUUUUUUCUUGAUUUAUUUCUCUCAAAUUGUUCCUCAAAUCUGGACAUUCCUGAGGUAUUUCUGACAUCUCUUUCCUAAACAUUUUGUUCUGUUUUGCUAAAAUUUAUUAAUUUAAUUAAUUUAUAUUGCUGCCUAUUCGCCCAUGGCAAC